AUGUACAAAAGCAUGCGGUCGAAGUCACCAGAGGAGAGUUGCCAGCAAAAACCUGCCAGGCAGCAAACUUACAGAAACGAGAACGACUACAAUCCGGAAGCGACGCCGCAGUAUUUUCAGAUAGCAGUGAGCGUUCUUGAAGCUCGAAAACUAGCAUGGAGCAACCCACAAUCUGCAAACUCUUAUGUCAUCGUUGUUCUAGAUAAGAAGAAGCAUAGGACUAGUGUCAGAAAGAACAUGAUGGAUCCGUACUACCGAGAAAACUUCGUUUUCGAGAUGUAUGCGAGCAUUCGAGAGAUACGGCAGACCUGUUUAUGGCUCGCCGUGAUGGAGCCUAGAUGUUGUGCACCGCCACGUCUCCUCGGCGAAGCGAAUAUCGAUCUUGGAACUGUUUGGUCGCAGACACAUCAUCAAGUAUUUCACAAGUGGGCACAAUUGUGCUUGCCUCGUGAUCCUGCCGCAGGACCAGUGGGAUUUUUGAAAGUGGAUAUAUCCAUCAUAUAUAGAGGUGAACUGCAGGUCAUGCCUGUAUUUACUACCACUAUCGAAGAGAAAACAGAAAAUACUCUACUUCUUCCCAUUGGUUCUGAGCAACAACGUGCCAAUUAUCUAAUCACGAUAUUUAGUGCUUUCGGUCUCCCUAACGGAACCCACUGUCAUGGCGAUAAACGCUAUGGAAAACCUCCGUCGACCUUUGUCAGAGUGUCUUUUUGUGGACUUGUGGCAAAGACAGCUGUUCAGCAAAGAAACAAUCAACCCAUGUAUUGUGAGCAAAUUUCAAUGGUGGAAAUGUUUCCUAACAUGAAUCAACUUAUACGUUUCGAUGUGUGCUCAGCGGAUGGGUGCUUCAACAAAAUUCUUUCGAGCGCUCAUCUGACGUUGGGCCAAAUAUCGCACGACGGAGAAAACGGAUUUCUACCGACAUUUGGACCAUCCCUUCUACAUAUGUAUGGAAAUACGUGCGCUAAUACUUUAUCAGUUACAUCUGAAGACGGACCAUAUCACCGUGGGGCUUUACUAUUGGCUCUCAAGACUAUAGUACCUUUUUACGAGCAGAACAUAAGGACUACUAACGUAGAGCCAGUGGGCCAUGUUCGACCUGAAGAUCUUUGGACAUCCGAAGACUUUUGUAUCUUUUGUCCUAUCAUGGAAGUAUCAAUGGUCGAUAGUCAAAUAGUAUCAAAGACUUGCGGCAUUGCCAUCACUAUUGGCGACAUCUACUGCGAACACAGAGCUGAUGAAGAGUUCUUAAUAAUGAUGGAGGAGAUUAAGCAACGUAAGCUUCAUUACACGGGGUGCCUGGAUAUAACGAGAAGUUCCAGCGUGUAUGGUCACAUUGAAUUUUCUAACGCAAUGCCCGUACUCCAAUUGGCUGCACGGCUGCCGGAUUUCAGAUUCAGAAUGUACAGAAACAAUAUGGUUAAUUCAAUUGUACAUUGUAUUGAAACUGGAGUGUUUGAAGUAGAACGAUGUCUUGAAUGCUACGAAUACACUACAACUAACGAUUUACUGGAACAGUUGAAUAAAGUUUUAGAAGAGGCGGCCACCAACAUAAUUAAAUUCUUGGAUAUCAUUCAGUAUACAGGAUAUUCCAACAAUUUGGAGAACGCACUGCGCCAAUGUGGCACUGAUCUCGAUUACAAACAGCAGGAUUUACAAAAAGAAGAGAUGGUCAAAAUUCAUCACAAUUUGAUGAGAAGAAUCAACAACCCCUCUGAUAUCACUCUCCAAUCUCUCGGUAAAACUGCAAAAGAUAGUAUAACUGCAACAAGGAAAAUUGUUGAAAUGUUGAUUACAGAGACAAAAGCUUUAGCUCAAAGUUUAAAAAAUCUCAUGUAUAAAGCACCUGACGGAUGGCCGGAUGUCGUUAUAUGGUUAUUAAAUGGCGGCACAAGAGUGGGAUUCUAUAAAAUACCUGCGACUGAUGUUAUUCAUUCAACGAUAACUGAGCAAACUGGAAAAGAUUGCGGCAAAAUAAGGACUGUUUAUUUAAAGCCUUUAAAAUGCCCAAAGCAUUUGAAUUCGUUGCCCAGUAGCUGCUUUUGCGUUGCUGCUAAGUUGGAACUUAUUACAUGGAUGGGUACUUUCCGCGAAAGGAAUGCAUUUGAAAACUUUCUACCUGAUGGAUACAAGGUCAAAGUGAAGAACCAUGACAUGUGUAUUAGGACUACAACAAUGAUGUUGGAGUGCCGCGCGUUUGUGUACAGAGCAAAAAUAAACGGCGGCAACGAAACAACACCCACGCACCCUUUUCUCAGGAUCAACGUAAUGAACUCUGUAAAGGAAACACAAGUGAAACAGAAGACGUUAACGCCAAUAUGGAACCAGGUCUUGAAAGUACAUAGAAUGCAGUUCACGAACCAGAGCAGACUUAAAACCAGUCCACCCGUAGCUUUGAUUGAAGUGAUCCACAGUGACUUAGCGGGUAAGACGGAAUUGAUCGGGCGCUUCCAACUGACGCCCGUUAUUGACGACAGGCAAGAAUACGAAUAUGCACCAAAACUGAAAUGGUACGGUAUGAUGAAAGGAGCUGAGACUACUGGCCAAGUUUUAAUGUCUUUGCAAGUACUACAGGUACCAGAGAAAUUAUUAAAGACUACAGUAUAUAGUCCUAUUGAAGAAACGUUUUAUGCAUCAGGUGUGACAGACAUUGAGAGUCCUGAAGAGAUUGAACCUUUGCCACCGAACCUGAUUCCGAAAUAUAGCACAUAUAAGGUUGAUAUAUAUUGGUGGGGGCUGCGAGAUGUGAGUGUUACUAGAAAACCGUGUGUUGUACUCGAAAUAGAAGACCUUGCACUGAAGUCUGAUAUAAUAACGGAGAAGAAAAACAAUUGCAACUUCCCCAACGGCCGCACUUCUCAAACUUUUGAAGCGCCACUCGACGAAGUUCAUUAUCCGCCCCUAAACAUCAGACUUUAUGACAGCAGCACUUUCGGUAGAACUCUUUUCUUUGGCACUUACGUCGUUAAAAAUCCAAUGAAAUAUUAUGUACAAUGGUUGCCUAAGCAAGAACGAGAAGCUUCGCUAAAACGAGCUUCGAUAAUGUCUUCCAGUUUUAUUGAAGUGGGGCAGUCCCUUUUCGUUAGAAGAAGUAGCCCUUUAACUAAAGAAAGUUCAGAGUCUGUUAUGGACGCAAUCAUUGAAACCAAAAAUCAAGUGAAACCCAGAAAAUGGCCAAGACUUUUUAGCAAGAAGGAGCCUAACGAAGAAGAAUAUACAUUACUGCCAAUGCUUACAACUAAGGAAAAGAAAGAAGUUGUCAAGGAAGCAACGCCAUGUGAGCAUAAGGACUGGUGGAUGAGAUAUUUAUAUUCUCAAAAGGAAUGCUUCGGAGAAGAUAAUGUCAAUGCGGUUGAUAAAAUUUCCAUUUACGAUUCUGAAUUGGAACUACAACCAGAGUUUUCAAAAUUCAAAGACUGGUGUUCUACACUCAAGUUAUACAAUGGCAAUAAAACUGGCAUACCAGAAAAAGAUGAACAACUUUAUUGUGGAUUUUUGAAAGCCGGUAUUGCUUUAUAUAAUUGGCCCCCACCAGCAACAACCAUCGCUGUUAGUUCCAAUGGUGUGGAACUAAAUAGUGGAUUUUUUAACGACCACCCGAAUAACGAACCUACAAAAUUUUUGGUACGAGUUUACGUGGUAAAGGCUUUUAAUUUAACCUCAAAGGAUUUUACGGGAAAAACUAAUCCAUAUAUUGUGCUUAAUUGUGGUAAUAAACGCCUGGGAGAUCGAGACAGCUGCAUAAGGAAAACUCUCAGUCCUAUUUUUGGAAAAAUGUAUGAAUUUAGUUGCAGUCUUCCCGAAGACUAUCUUUUAUCUUUGUCUGUUUACGACUUGGAUGAUGAACUAGAGGACCAGUUAAUUGGCUCUACUCACGUUGACCUAGAAGAUCGAAUUUAUUCCAAGCACAGGGGACGUGUGGGACUUUCAGUAGAAUAUAAUAUAGUUGGGCCCAGUAAGUGGCGCGAUUGCAUCAAGCCUUCAGCCAUUCUUGAAGAUCUGUGCCAGAAGAACCAUAUUCCUGCACCCAUUUAUCCCGAUAUAGCAACUGUUCUCGUAAAUGGUGUAGAAUAUAGAGACAACGAACGAGAUAAAGUUUACGGAUCACCAGUGGAACGUAGAGAAAACAUUUGUUUAACGCUUUUGCGUAACUGGCACACACUGCCGAUAUGUGGAUACCAUUUGGUUCCGGAACAUGUUGAAACUAGGACUCUGUAUAAUCCUUCAAAACCUGGAAUCGAAAUGGGUAAGGUACAUAUGUGGGUGGACAUAUUUCCACUGGAUUCCGGUUUGUUUAUUCCAUGUCCCGUUGAUAUAACUCCAUGGAAAAUCGAAGAUUUUGAACUGAGGGUCACCGUGCUCAAUGUAAAUGGAUUAAAGCUUAAGCAAGAAAAGUCUGGAAAAAAGACAUCUGAAAUUUAUGUUAGAGCUUGGAUCGGUUCUGUCGAUCAGGUUCAGCGAACAGACGUCCAUUUUAAUUGCCCAAGCGGAGUGUGCAAUUUCAACUGGCGCAUGGUAUUCAACUUUCAAUACCAGCACGCUGAAGGAAAGCUAGUAACCAAGGAAAAAGGACCAUUUACAGAAAUCGAAGAGCGCAUACCACCAGUUCUUAUAGUUCAAGUAUUAGAUGGUGAUGCGACGUAUUCAGACGAUUUCAUGGGCAACGAACUGGGUUCUCUACAUCUGAAUUUGAACUCUAUGCCGCGUGGUGUAAACCUUGCGCAGUUUUGCACUCUCAAUACAAUUGAGAAAACAAAAAAAAUUAGUAUGUUUGCCGUGAGGUCUGUGCGGGCGUGGUGGCCUUUGAAGCUAAUCGAUAGGAAUACCGGAAGCGAUAUACCUGCUGGAUCCAUCGAAUUGGAGUUAUCACUAUUGCCUAAAGAAACUGCAAUUUUAAUGCCAUGUUCUAUUGGAAGAGAAGCGCCAUGCUCCAUAAUUCCGUCAUGUCAAGCAAAAAAACAAGCGCUUGCGAGGACGUUAAAGGGUAAAGCUCCCUGCAGCAGAUACAAAUUCAUGGCAUGUUGUAUUUGCGCGUUCAUAAUACUCGGAACUGCGUUCGCCUUUUUUUUAAACGUUCCUGAGCUACUUAUUGAUAAAAUAACGGAUCAGUGA